UAAAGAUGUUUACAUUCUCACCAAUAAUAUAGGAGAAUGCCUGUUUCUCCGCAACGUUGCCCACACUCUAUUAUCGAUACUUUAUCUUUGUUAAUCUGAUUGAGAAAACUUUCCAUUUUCAUUUAAAAAAAAUUAUGAGUAUGAUUGAAAACUAAUACUUCUUAAAAAUUGUAGAUUAGUGAUGAAACUGAGAAUUUUCUAUAGUCAUAUAUGACUUUCGCUCACUUUUGGGAGAAGGGUCCCAGAGAGUUUAUUGUUUCAGGAGUAAAAUUAAUAAUGUUGAUAGGGUCCUUAGAUAAUGUGUUGCAAUAAACUAUUUUAACAAGAGACAGUUUCAUAGAUAGGUUUCAUUUUUUAAAAAAGGGGAAGAAACACCAUUCUGCGGCUCGAUGUGAGUUUGUCGGUUAUUACACCCUCUCCGGGACUUCCCACUGCUUUGUUAGCACAAAUCAGACUUGAGGAAAACCAACUCUUUUUUUUUCCCAUAGUAUCAGUUAUAAACAGAAUAACAAUGCAAAGAGCAGCUUAGUUUCUCAGUAUUAUCAGUGAAAGGUAGACUCAACAAAAGCUCGCAAAUAUUUCUGGAAAGAGCACAGGCUGACUUGCCAUUUGCAUAUGGUCAAUUGCUGUGUUUCUGCGCAGAGGACCAGGUUAAUUACUGAAGAUCAAUGUGAGAAGAUUGUAUUUCUGAGCUUGAGAUGCCUCUCGUAGAAGUGAAGAGUAUUUGAAACCUGAGUUACACAACAUUCCUAUGAUAAUAAUGGUAAUUUUGUGAAUAUACAAAGAAUGCUGUCAGAAGCGUAUCUCAGUGGACUUGCCUACUGGAAUGAUAUCCACUGGGGUUGUGCAUCUUGUAAGGAGCAGGUGGCUGAAGAAAAGAAAGAGGAGAUGAAUUCUGCUACCACCCUUUCCUAUUCCUCUGUGAAUGAAACACAGGUCAGAAGUCUCUACGUGAGCUGCCAAACCUCUGGCAAGUUUAUUCCUUCAGUGCAUUCGAGAGAGAACCAGCACAGCAGAAAUCAGAGACUCACAAUGCUACAGACAAACCCCAAUCCUGUGUUUGAAAGUCCAACCACAACUACAGUUGAAAUAUGUAGAGACCCCAGCACAAGCAGAGAAACUUACUUGGUUCCACCUUCCUGUCAAAGUAUUUGCAAGAAUUACAAUGACUUACAUAUUGCAGGGGGUCAGGUGAUGGCCAUUAAUUCCGUGACAACAGAUUUUCCCUCCAAGAGCAGUUUUGAAUAUGGCCCUUUGCUGAAGUCGUCAGAGAUUUCUUUGCCAAUGGAGGAUUCCAUUUCCACUCAGUCAAUUGACUUUCCCCCAAAACCUAUCCAGCGGUACUCAUCCUACUGGAGAAUAACCAGCAUCAAAGAGAAAAGCAGCCUGCAAAUGCAGAAGCCUGUUUCUAAUGCAAUGCUCAAUGAAUACCUGGAGCAGAAGGUGGUGGAGUUAUAUAAACAGUACAUUAUGGACACUGUAUUUCAUGACAGUUCCCCUACCCAGAUUCUGGCAUCUGAGCUCAUCAUGACAAGCGUAGAUCAAAUUAGUCUUCAAGUGUCCAGAGAGAAGAACCUGGGGACCUCAAAAGCGAGAGACAUAGUCAUUAACCGCCUGUUACAACUGGUUUCAACCUCAACCUCAACUGAAAUCAGCACUCCUAGUCUCCAUAUUUCUCAGUAUAGUAAUGUGAAUCCAUAGAGAGGAUCCUUUCAUUCCUCUAUCUCAACUACUCAAACCCAAAGCAACACUUGAUUACAUUUGUUCUGAGAAUGUGCAGAAGUGGUUCGUGAAGGCAAGUUCAGAGCUAGAGAUGUAAAGGUCAGCUAUAAGUCAGGAGUGAAUUAAGGGGAAACCUCAUAACAUUACAUAUAAUGAAGAAAUGUGGAAAAAGAACUAUAAAGAAUUAUUUCAAAGAGAGGUUUAUACAGCAAAGUAAGCAAAAAUAAAAAUGAUAAAAAAGAAAAGGUUAUGAUUCAUCUAAGGAAAUAUAGAUAUUGAAAAAGAAGAAAAAGAAGCCAAAUAAGAAGGAAGCACACCAUCACAAAACUAAAAAGCCAAAAGGCUUCUGGGUAAAGAGUUGAGAAUACAUUUGUUACUAAAAUAAAUUCCUACAAGUUGUUUCUUUUUGGGGGAAAUGGACUGUAGAAGGCUGUCAUGUUUAGGUAGAAAGUCAGGUUCAAAUAUUUUUUCUAAAAGAUAUGUUUAUAACUCUUUUCUCUAUUCUGUUAUCAGAUCAUUUAAAGAUACGUUCCUUAUACACAUUAAAAUUCUAGCAAAUUCAAUUGCGUUUUUAUUUUUGAAUGAUUACUUAGUUACAGCCAUAGCCACAAAACAGCCACUCAAAUCCCCUAGUUCUAUUUUCUAGUGGAGAUGAUUUCUAAGUGGAGAACAACACAUAGUGACUAUUUAAAAUAUUUUGUUUUAUUUUGUUGUGUAUGAUUUUCUUGAAGUACUAAGCUUCAAAAGAAAUUAUGAAUCUUAUUUUUCUCUUCCUUCUCCCCAUGCUCUCUUUUUUUUUUAAUCUUCAUUUUAUUGAGAUAUAUUCACAUACUAUGCAGUC